UCUAUUAGUUGUGCUAAUUGUCAUACUACUACUACUCCUCUUUGGCGCCGAGAUUCCGAUGGCAAGAAUAUUUGUAAUGCAUGUGGACUUUAUUACAAAUUACAUAUGACUCAUCGUCCUGUUACUAUGAUGAGAUCUGUUAUCAAACGACGAAAACGA